AUGUAUUCCUCGAUGGCCACACGAGUUAGAUCAGACAGUCCCCAGGUCGAACCCUUCCCUCCUCUUGAGGUGCCUCACACACCAACUUCGGCUCCUCAACCGGCCUUUGCCCUUUCCAAAGAAUCUCAGCACCACAACUUGCUCAGGCCACACGCCCUGGAGUAUACCGUUGCUUCACCAAAAUCUCCGGCACGCUACUCGCCCAGACCUUUAACAGGCGCUGCUGCUCAAGCCGAUGCCAGGCGACUGCAAUCACAGCAGCAAAACCGAGAACCCAGUCAGACUAGCGCAAAUCCCGCUGCUACUGCGUUGCAUGCUCUCAUGAACGGCCCUGCGGUUUCCAAGGCCUCAGACCUCUCUUCUCCAAAUCACCCACCUACCAACCAAAUGCGCAAACCGAGUACACACCUCACUGUGCCCGUCACAACGACAGCCGAGGCUUCCCAACCUAGUCCAGUGAGCCUGAGAAGUUUCGGCGACAUGGACGCUGUUUCACCCAAUGGCGCAACGACCGCAACCGCUCACGAGCACGCCCGAGAUCCACAACUGGUUGCCGAGCCCGCAGAAAUGUCUAGCUUGGACUACCCAGAACCGACCCAUGGAUACAAUCCAGCUACAUCUUCUCAUCCCUCACACAAAUCGUUCACAUACCCUGGUCCGGCAUCUGUAGCAGCAGAGGCGGCCUCCGAAGGUCAGUCGAGAGCCUCUCCGUCGACCAAACGGCACAAGUGUCCGUAUUGUGCGACUGAUUUCACCCGUCACCACAAUCUCAAAAGUCAUUUGCUUACCCACAGCCAAGAAAAACCAUAUGUUUGCCAAACAUGUCAAUCACGUUUCAGAAGGCUGCACGACCUCAAACGCCAUACCAAGUUGCACACAGGCGAGAGACCACACAUUUGCGACAAAUGUGGCAGACGCUUCGCGCGCGGAGACGCCCUGGCCCGUCACAACAAAGGUCCUGGAGGUUGCGCGGGUCGGCGCUCUAGCUUUGGAGGCGAUGAUGAUAGCAGAAUGGGUGACGAGGGUAUGGACGGCAUGGAAUACACCGAUCAUGGUGACAACGGUCACGAUAUGGAUGAUGAUGACGAUGACCCGCGUAGGGUGAGCGAGCCAAGUCGCAAGCGUGCUCAUAUCGAAGAUUCGCACGACUCCAACAGAUCGAUUUAUCGCCAACAUUCUAGCACUUAUCCACCACCCCUGGCUGCUCGCACGCAUAGAGGCAAUAUGGGUCCCCCGAACCACCACAUCCUACCAUCAUCUAGCUCUGUAACGUCUCCUGGCGAGAUAUCUAACGUCAACUCAACGAGCAGCAUGGGCAUGAACCCAUAUUCACACCCGACGGUAGUGCUCGGAGAGGGUGGUAUUUCUCAUUCACCUAAACCGCUUUCUCCCAAGCAACACGAUCAACACCGUCUCAGCAUAGCUGAAGCCACCAGCGCUAUGCGUAACAGGUCACCUAGUCUGACACAGAUCCAGCAAGCACACAACGCGCGAGCUGGACAGGCUACACCACCUGCUUCUCAUCAGCUUUCACAACACAACCAACUUCCUUCAUUGGCCGGUCUGGCUUCUGGUCAUUCAAUGAGACUGCCUAUCCAAUCAACAACACACAAUUCGAUGCACAACAACAUCAACAACAUGCAAUCUGCACCCUUGCAUGGAUCGAAUCCAGGAAGCCUGUCGAGCCAUGGACACAGUUCAGGAGGCAGCAUAAGGGAGAUCAUUGGUGACAGCACCAACGACAUCUGGAACUAUGUUAGAAAUCUAGAACAGCGGUUCUCCCGUAUGCAAGACGAAUACGAGCUGCGCAUAUCACGCCUUCAGGAAGACUUGAUAGCCAUAAAGGGACACCUCAGCUUCCAGCAGCCACGCUGA